UCAUGGACCUCUUCAGUUUUCCCACACUUCUUCCCUAAUUAUUGUCCUUCACGACAGCUGAUCUAUUUCAAACAGGAAGCUGUUUACAGAUAACACUUGCAACUGUUUUGUCUGAUUUGUUGAACUGUCGAAAAGCAAAAGGCAAACUCUUUUCAAAUUAAAAACUGUCAGUCUUCUGUAAACAGCAGCAAUGAGGUUCAUCUGUGCAGUGUCCCUGCAGGCACAGAGCAUUGUGCAGUUCCCAUUCUCUCAGCAGCUAUAAGGAGUCAGUGACCUGUAAGUGCUCAUUAUGAAGAGAGAUCUGGUUUUCUUGGUGACUCUAAUUAGCCUUGCCUUCCUGUCACUGCUAAGAUCUGGAUAUCCUCAACACAUUGCAGAGGAGUCCUGCUCUGUUCAGAUUCUGGUUCCAGGCCUCAAAGGGGAGGCUGGAGAAAAGGGGGAGAAAGGUGCUCCAGGUCGUCCAGGCAGAGUUGGACCUCCAGGAGAAAAAGGAGAAAUGGGGGACAAAGGACAGAAAGGCAGCAUAGGACGGCAUGGAAAAAUUGGUCCUAUUGGUUCAAAAGGUGAAAAAGGAGAUAAUGGUGACAUAGGACCACCAGGUCCUAAUGGUGACCCAGGCAUCCCUUGUGAGUGCAGUCAGCUAAGGAAGGCUAUUGGUGAAAUGGAUAUUCAAGUAGCCCAGCUGACGACAGAACUAAAAUUCAUAAAAAAUGCACUGCCCUCCCCCGCAGCUGUCGCCGGCGUGCGCGAGACAGACAAUAAGAUCUACCUGCUGGUGAAGGAGGAGAAGAGGUACAAGGAAGCCCAGCUGUACUGCCACGGGAGAGGAGGGACGCUGAGCAUGCCCAAGGAUGAGACUGCCAACAGCCUGAUUGCCUCGUACAUCAACCAAGCUGGGCUCACCAGAGUCUUCAUUGGGAUUAACGACCUGGAGAAGGAGGGGAAUUUCGUCUACUCCGACCGGUCGCCCAUGCAGACCUUCAACAAGUGGCGCAGCGGGGAGCCCAACAACGCCUACGACGAGGAGGACUGCGUGGAGAUGGUGGCGUCUGGGGGCUGGAACGACGUCGCCUGCCACAUCACCAUGUACUUUGUGUGCGAAUUUGACAAAGAGAAUGUCUAAGCUGCUCCGCUCCGCUCUGCCUUUCUUUUAAGAAAAACGUCGUAAGACAAUUGUACAAGUUCGAGUAAACUCCGUGUUUAUAGAGUGCAAGUGAAAUUUUGAAAGCACGUGGUGUCAGAGUUGUACAGCUGUAAAUACAAUUUAGGUAUUUCAAAUAUCAGAAUUUACCCUUCAGAAGGGAAGACCAGUAAUAAGGCAUAGCUUGGUUGACUUUUUUUUUAAUGUAGGAAAAUAUAUCUUUUUAGAUAAAAAUGUGCUUUGGGACUAAAUUUUGCCCUUACAACAGUUAACAAAUGCGAUUACAUGACUGUAAGGGAAGGCAGAAUUUGGCCUCUAGCUGUUAGAAUGGUUAGAAUUAGAUUCCUGAUAUUCUUUUAUCUUAGUAAAAUUUGUAAUUAUAAGUGCUAAUUACUUGUAAUGCUACAGGGUUAUUUUGACAAGAAGACAAAAUAUUUUGUAUACUCCAGUCAAUAAGUACAAAUAUUACUAUAUGUUUUUUGAAUGUUACAACAUUUUUUUCUUUAAACUGGCCAAAGCAAACCAAAAAUUUAUGAUUCCUACCAAUUUUGUAAUGUUUCUUUAUUAAACUGUUCACAGAUGUAUGACCAAAAAGCAUUUAAGUAAACUGAAUUUUAGUGCUGAGGGAGGACAAAGUCUAGUGAAAGGUGUCCCUACCCAUGGCAGGGGGUUGGAACAAAGUAAUCUUUAAGGUCUCUUCCAACACAAACUAUUCUAUGAUUCCAUGAGUCUAUGCUAUGAAAAAUCUUAUAAUUUAGUACUUAAAGAGGGUUUCCAUCCAGAUGGUGUUUUGGGGUCGGCUAAAUGUAAAUGUAACAAUUCAAUUUUCUGCAUUCCUUGGUUGAGAAUGAUUCAGUGCAUGAAGUAUUUCAAACCCUAAAUAAUUCCCUAAAGUAAAUAUUUCACAUUUUUUUAAGAUAAUCUUGGUGCAUCUUCUUACAAAACAAGUGAAAUACCAGCCCUCCACAGUUUAAGGCAGACUUCAUAUAUAUGCAAUUAAGCUCAUGAAAUCACAUUAGCUACCAGUUCUUUUUAGUAUGAAAACAUCUUACAUGUUUACACAGAUUUUUAAAAUAAUCCCCUGAAAAGCAGAAAAAUUUCCAAAAUUUUACUGAUUAUGUGUAUAGCAGUAAUAAAUUACUUAGCACAAACAAUUUAUGUACCAAAUUUACAACUGCAUGUGAUGGAAAAAUAUGAUACAUAUUUUAAAAAAUCCCCAGCAUAAUUUCACAAAAGAAUGAUGAAUUACUUUAAAUCUUCCCAGGAGCCAGUUGCAUGCCACCUCAUCUCACUGUUAGGCACAGAAAAAUCGACAAAAUUUGCAAAAUCUCUGACUGUGUUUCUUUAGGAAUACCUUGCACCGUGUUUUAAGAAGAUUUUUAAGGAUAAAUGAUCCUUGCAUAACCUUCUGAUCAAAAUGCUUCUCUGAUGAUUAUGGCAGAUUGGCGUAUAGGAUAUCCACAGUGGAUAUGGCAAGUGUUCCCAGAGAUUUCCUUACAACAAGGAAACCAACUCACAUCAACUCUGCUGUGCUGUGGCACGUAAACCAUGACCAUACAAUGCUGUUCAUAUCCACAGAUGCUGACAUUAUUUGAUUUACAUACCUAAGAGAACAAACUUUUGCUUGCUGUAUUUACUCUGUAAAUCGCAAUCCUUUAUAUAUAUAUAUGUUUGUUAUUAAUUUUUAAGAUCACUAGCAGUACCUAUAGUAGUAUCCUAUAGUAUUUGAUUAUCAGCCCAGCUCCAGAGCAAUCACUCAAAAUGAAUGGGUCCUUUGAUUGCUUUACUUUCUUAUAAUAAAGA